AUGUCGGGCGCAGAGAACAGCUCGAUUGCCGGGGCCGACAGCGAUGACGAUUUCGACUGGGAAGAGGUCGCCGUGCCGCAAUCAGAACAGCUUCCUGCGGUGUCUCUGGCCGCCGAUGAUGAUGUCCAAGAAGGCCCCUCACGUAAACCACACAUUGAGAUCACAAUAGAAACGGAGAGGAGAGGCAAGAAAAGAACAAAGAAGGACCCUCGAGCGGCAAAGCUGUACGUUGAGAGGCUCACCCGCCUGGAAUGUCACCAGAUACACACGGUCUGCCUACUUGCAAACGCCAGGAUACGCAAUAAGUGGAUCAACGACCCUCUCUUACAUGCCCGUCUUCUCUCCAUAACUCCCCUUCACUUACAAAAUGCAUUCAUGACGAUUACCAAGCCUCGCAUCCCGGACGCCGCAGAGCGUGGACAUCGCUUCGAGGCUGCCCUCACGCGUCUAACUGAGUGGUGGACCGACAACUUCCGCGUCGAGCCCACAGGACAUAUUCGAAAUCGGACUUUCGACGAAGUGCAGAAGAUGCUCAACCAGGAUCCGAAGGGUAAAGGCAAGGAUCGGGCGGAGGACGUCCUCGACGAUGAUGAGGGUGAGGUUAUUCGGAGCGAGAAGAGCCUCAUGAAGCGUGCCCUGUUGAUGCGAGGCUCCCGGGAUACCAGCGCGCAGCUCUUCACGGCGCUCUGCAGGGCACUCAGCAUACCGGCCCGGCUCAUGGUGAGUCUGCAGAGUGUGCCGUGGCAGGCCGGCGUCGGCAAGCCUAAACCUCCAGCCACGAAAAAGAAGAAAGAUAAAGGGAAGGAUACGGGUGUAAGCACCGGCGUUGGUAAAGGGAAGGAGAAGGCGGUACCGGACAAUGAGGAUGAAGAUGAUAUGGAAGAAGUUGAGAUCCCGGGGACACCGAAAGGAAAUGUCGGAGGUGCCUCACCCUUUCCCGGGUCCGGUCAGCGACUGGAUGGCGGUUCAUCUACACCAGUCAGCGGUGACGCUAAAGGCAAGCAGAAAGCACCUCCCGUCAUCAAGCUACGGAAAACCAGAGGCCGCAAGUUGGGAUCGGAGCCUGCGCCUAGCCGCCCUCCACGGAGGGAACGCACGCCUGACCCGACCACCACGCCGCCAGUGUUUUGGACGGAGGUGUUUUCCCGUGCUGACGCACGUUGGAUCCCAGUCGACCCUAUCCGGUGCUUGAUAAACAAACGCAAGGUUUUCGACCCAACGCCGAACCCUAAUGCUGCGGUGAAGCCAGACCGAACCCGUCCGGUAAGAGUCGAGAACCGAAUGGUGUAUGUGGUCGCAUUCGAGGAGGACAGUUACGCCAGAGAUGUUACUCCGCGAUACGCAAGGGAGUACGGCGCAAAGGUCGCCAAGGUUCAGCAGGGCGGGAGAGGCAGAAAGGAGUGGUGGGAGCGGAUCCUGGCGAUGGUCAAGCGGCCAUAUCAGCUACACAGAGAUGACAUGGAGGACGAAGAGUUGCAGACAAAUCAGCUCACGGAAGGAAUGCCUACCUCGAUGGCCGGUUUCAAAGACCAUCCAUUGUAUGUUCUGGGGCGACAUCUCAAGAGAGACGAGAUCGUUCAUCCUCUGGUGGAAUUGGGGAAGUUUCGCGGAGAGCCCGUAUACUCGCGCUCGUCUGUGCUACAGCUCAAAGCCGCCGAGAACUGGAUGCGACAAGGCCGCAGGGUCAAGGAAGGUGCUCAGCCAAUGAAAUGGGUAAAGCAGCGUGCGAUGACUGUCAACAAGCAACGUGCCAUUGAACUGGCACUGUCGGAGAAGAGAGACCGGUCCCUCCAGGACCCAGAGGCGAAUGCAGAAGGCUUCGCUACAGAAGAUAGCGCGAUGCAGGGCCUCUACGCAGAACGCCAGACGGAAUUGUACAGGCCCGAUCCUGUCAUUGAUGGCCGAGUGCCAAAGAAUGACUUUGGGAAUAUUGAUUUGUAUGUUCCGACCAUGCUGCCCGCUGGCGCGGUGCAUAUACCUUUCAAGGGUACAGCUAAAAUCGCACGCCAACUGGGGUUUGAUUACGCGGAAGCAGUGACUGGCUUCGAAUUCAAGAAGCGAAGGGCAUUCCCCGUUAUCACCGGAAUUGUCGUCGCUGCAGAGAACGAGGAAACCAUGCUGGAGGUACGGCAUAUCCAUGAGCCUGUGAAGCAGGACCUUGCGUUGCUCACGUCGAUACCCGUCACCGUUCAGGCAUACUGGGAAGCAGAGCAUGAUGCCGAAGAGAAACGACGUGCUAAGAGGGAAGACCAAGCCAUCAAGAGGUGGAAAAGGCUCAUUCACGGCCUCCGUAUACGGCAGCGUCUGCAGGAACAGUACGCGGACGCGGAGCAGCGGGGGAGCUCACCGGUCGGUGCCGCAGAUGAGGAGGUCCAGCAAGAGGGGGGUUUCCUGACGGGCGCGGAUGACGUUGUACAGCCGUAUACUCUGCCGCGCAAUUUCCACGAGCUGCUUCCUGCAUCCACUGCUCUUUCGCUGGAACCUUCAGCUCGAGAGUCGAGCGCAGAUCCCGCCAAGGAUAGCCAAGCCAGCAGGAGAGACACACUGCCUGCCGCUCUCGACGACGUGAUGAGCGAGGACGGCGACGAUCGCAUGGAAGAAAUCACGACCCCUGCUCAACAGAUGGGAGGAGCAGAAGCGCAACAGCAGCUGAAGCCCAAAACGAUGCUAGAGCUCGCGGAGGCAGCCGCAGAGAAGCAGGAUCUCAGCGGGGGUCAGCUUCCCGCAUCGUCUUCGCUGUCAUCGGAUCGGACAAUAGGUCAAACUAACGGGACUGGCGCCCGUGUGCCGCCCACUAAUAUUGGGGAGGACACGGUGCGGCGAGCCAGCAGCACUCGGACGUCUCGAAAGGCCGAUGCAUCUCGGAGUAGGAAGCGUAGGAAAGCACCCGCUGACAGCUCUGAACCGGAGGUGGAAGGAGAGAACGGGCCAUCCACGCAGGCGUCUCCGGCGAAACGCGCCAGAAAGGCCGCCCCGCCAUUACCUGCCCCGACGAGAGUCCUGCGCACGCGGACGGCGAAGAGUACGGCGAAGAUCCAGGAAGAGAGGGAGAUGGAGGAAGCCUAUAGAAAGGCCGUUACGGAGUAG